AUUUUACCUUGCUAUGGAUUGUUAUCGCUUGCCAGCGACAGUGUUGGCUAACGCCCGUUGUGUCAUCUGUAGUUUUAUUAAUUUUGUUUUGUGUCAAUCAGGUUCCAAUUAGAAUUUAAAUAGGCUCGUGACAAAAUGUCGUAUGGACAAGGCUACAAUCCGUAUGGUCAGCAAGGUGGAGGCUAUGCCGCUCCGCCCGGUGCCUUUCCGCCGCAAAAUGCCCAAGUUUCUCCGCAGGCACAGCAAUGGUUCCAAAUGGUAGAUCGCGAUAGAUCUGGAAAGAUCAACGCCGCCGAGUUGCAGGCUGCCCUGGUCAAUGGGCGUGGCGAUCACUUCUCGGAUAAUGCAUGCAAACUGAUGAUAAGCAUGUUCGACAACGAUGCCAGCGGAACCAUUGAUGUUUAUGAGUUCGAGAAGCUCUACAACUAUAUCAACCAGUGGCUGCAAGUCUUUAAGACCUACGACCAGGACGCCUCUGGACAUAUCGAAGAGCAUGAACUUACCCAAGCCUUCACCCAGAUGGGUUUUCGCUUCACGCCCGAGUUCAUCAACUUUCUGGUGAAGAAGAGUGAUCCCCAGACCCACAAGGAGGUGUCGGUGGAUCAGUUCAUCGUGCUCUGCGUGCAGGUGCAGAGGUUCACGGAGGCCUUCAGGCAGCGCGACACCCAGCAGAAUGGAACCAUCACCAUUGGGUUCGAGGAUUUCCUCACCGUGGCCAUUGGCUGCUCGUACUGAAUGAAUGAACCAAGGCAACCACUCCAAGCGAAUGAAUAUCCACACUCUUGCACUGAUACAUCGCAACCAACAGAGGAAGCACAUACAAUUCCGCUUCUGAUGCAUUUCCUUUAAAUUUCUUUGGGUUUUGUUAGCUUUUUAAUAUGUAAAUGCAUUAUUCACUCCAUAGUCAUAUUGCAAUCUCCUGGUAUCAAGAAUCAAAUGUCAAAAGUAUUUGUUAUCGCAGUUCGACUCAAUCAUAGUACAAAAGUCUCUUGCGCCUAAUAAUAAACAAUAAACACACGUAUUUUUAAAAAUUAAUA